AAGGAAGGCCCUGGAGGCCAUUACUCAGGAGCAAAUCCCAUUCCUAAUAUUCAGCGAUUCGUCGAAAGUCUCGAUGCGGAUAAGAAGGCCUGAGACACCAAAAUCAACGAAGAUAUGAAGGGAAAGGGACCAGCGAUGUCCAGGAUCACAAGCCACGCAAACCAGUUGGUGUGAAAGGGACAAGAAAGGCGGUUACAGACCCUACCACUGGGAAGGAGGUGGAGAUUGAAGAUGUCAACUAGGAUUUCAUGAGAGCUGUGGAGGACCCGAAACUUUCGGUACCAAACGCAAAUGUGGAUAAAGAGACGACCGCCAAAACCGAGGCACACCAAUCUGGGAAGAGUACAGAGUCAACCAAGAUAUCACUGCACCUCCAGACCCUAUUGAGCCAGGCAGCACCUCUGAUGUACCAAUUCAUGGAGAGAAGACGAAUAUUCUCUUCCACCCUACGAUCAGUCAGCUAUGAGCCGAUGUAUGAAUUGUUGGAGCAGAAGGCCAUAGUAUUAUCUGGUGGUGUUCUCAUUGCAAUUGUAGUUCUUGGGAAGCUGUUUGGCGGAGCACUCUAUGGACUGAUACACUUGGGAAUGUGUGUGGCUUCCGGUAUAUACUUGUGGAUGAAAGAACUUGUGCGGAAAGGCCGUGAGACUGAAUGGCAGAGCGAGAAGGAUCGUGGCAAACUGGCAACAGCCAAUCUGAUCCCCGAAUCUGUGGAAUGGAUGAACACAUUCCUAGGUAUUACGUGGGGACUCGUUGAUCCGGAAAUGUUCUCUGGCGUCGCAGAUACCCUCGAGGAUAUUAUGCAGGCUUCUGUCCCCAGUGUGAUUGAGAACGUUCGAGUUGCCGAGAUCAAUCAAGGCAGUAAUCCCUUCCGCAUCCUGAGUUUGCGAGCUCUUCCUGAUGGGCAUAUUGAAGAGCUGAAAGAUGACAUACACAAACACAACGAGAAGGUCAAAGACCCUCAAGAGCUGGCCGCCGAUGAAGAGGGGGGCGACUACUAUAACAUCGAGUGUUCUUUCGCGUACCAUGCUGCACCCACAGGAAAAGGCACGUCCGACAGAGCGAAGAAUAUUCAUAUGCAACUGGUUUUCUAUCUUGGUAUCAAGGGCCUGUUUGGAAUACCUCUUCCAAUCUUUGUAGAACUUCAAGGUUUGGUGGGAACAGUUCGACUGCGCUUGCAAAUGUCACCAGAAACACCGUUCUUGAAGGCCCUCACGUUCACGCUCAUGGGCUUACCAAAAGUUCAAGCAGCAUGCGUUCCAAUGCUGGAAACGGGAGUCAAUAUCUUGAAUCUUCCACUGAUCUCCAAUUUCGUCAACUACGCCAUUGCUGCUGCAGCCAACGAGUAUGUCGCCCCCAAGUCGAUGACACUCGAUAUGGGUAAAUUGCUUGUUGGUGAUGAUAUUCAAAAGGAUGUGGAGGCUUUGGGUGUGCUUUGGAUUAGAAUCCACAGAGCGACUGGACUCAGCAAGCAAGAUCGUCGUGGAAGUCAAGGUGGAGGCAGUGACCCCUAUAUCACUAUCAGUUUCUCCAAAUACGGCAAGCCAAUGUGUUGUACUCGAGUGAUCCAAGAUGACCUCAAUCCAGUGUGAGAGGAGACUUGUGCUUUGCUUGUCACUCCAGAUUUGAUCAAAGCUGACGAACAACUCUCCCAUGGAGCUCUGGGAUUCGGAUCGAUCGACCUCCGACGAUGUGGUUGGGAAGGUCGAAUUAUCCAUGCAGAAAAUGAUCCAGCAUCCCGGCAACAUGUAUCCACAAGUUUCUAAGCUUCGCAGUAUGGACGAAGGUAGUGAGAUCCCUGGUGAACUUCAUUGGGAAGUUGGAUACUUUGGAAAGCCGCAAUUCCGGCCUGAGUGGCCGAGUACCAGACGUGGAGACGGAAACUUGAUUGCAUAUUUGUAAGAUCCUCCGUGAUCAAGGGCUUUUCAAAUUGCUGCUCGGAUCUGACCACCGAUUUGUUGGAAGUUC